AUGACCACCUACGCACGCGUCGGCGCCGUAACCGGCGGCAACAAGGGCAUCGGCCUGGCCAUCGUCCGCCAACUCGCCCUGCAGUAUCCCAAGUCGCCCCUCAACACCGGUCCUCUGCUCAUCUACCUGACGGCGCGCAACGAAGAACGAGGCAAAGCCGCCCUCGAAUCCAUCACGACAGAUGCACAGUUGCAAAAAGCCAAAGCGCUGCGCAGCCAAGGCGGCCUCACAGACGUGGAAUAUCUCCCGCUCGACAUCGACAGCAAGCAGAGCAUCGACGACUUUGCGGCCAAGAUAAAACAGACACAUCCCGAUGGGAUCGAUUUUCUGAUCAACAAUGCAGGGGUGGCCAUGGACGGGUUUGACGAGAACGUGGUGAAAAAGACGUUGCACUGCAAUUAUUUCGGCACUCUUGAAGCCACACAACAACUCCUGCCGCAUCUCAAGGACGGAGGCCGCCUCGUCAAUGUCGCCUCCAUGGCGGGCAAGCUGAGCAACUCGAAGUACUCUGACGCAAUCAGAACACGGUUCCUCCAGGCCAAGAAACCAGAAGAAAUCACCGAGCUGAUGGACGAGUUCGCCUCGGCCGUCUCAAAAGGGACGCAUUCGUCGGACUGGCCUAGUGCGGGUUACGCAGUCAGCAAGGCUGGUGUCAUUGGGAUGACGAAGACGAUUGCAGAAUUGAAUGCCGCAAGUGGGAGUAAGGUGUUGGUCAACAGCUGUUGCCCGGGCUAUGUGAACACUGAUAUGACCAAGGGCAGAGGGUCCAAGACGCCGGACCAGGGAGCGCAGACGCCUGUGCUGUUGGCCAUAGGUGAUAUCAAGGGGUCAAACGGACAAUUCUGGCAGAACGAGCAGGUCAUCAACUGGGCAUAA